AUGGAUGCGCAGAAUGCCUCCGAGGCCACCUCCGCGAAGCCUAAUGCUUCUUCAACCGCCUCCGCCUCGCGUGUCUCCGAUUCGCAGCGACAGAAAUCGACCUCUGCUACUGCCACCUCAGUGAACAGAUCACCUACUUUGUCUCGGGCCGCGCCGCCAUCCUCGAGAGAACCAAAAUCAUCAUCUAAGCACGUCACGUCUGCAACAACCUCCUCGUCAACCAAAGAACGCUCCAGAGGUUCGACCGCGAGAACCGUGUCCCCCACAUCGACGCGGGACGGAAGGGCAUCUGCAUCUUCGUCCCGCGACAAGCAAGACGACGAUGGUGGCACAGAUGGCAACUCAGAAGCCGAGACGAUCGUCCUGUCCAAGGAUGGCUCACCGUCGAAACCACGGAACCGGAAGGUCAUCAAACACGAGGACAAUGGCAAGCCAAACGGUGCGCCUGCGUCCUCUGCUGCACAUUCCGACUUGGCGCCGCCUUCCCGGAGGCAGGUCGCAGAGAAGAAAGACGGCCAGAUCGAAAAACGAGAUAAGGCAGACAAGGUUGUGGGAGAUGCUGCUGAGGGCAAGAAGAAGCGACUGCACGAUAAACUUCAAGGCACUGCGCGGCCUAAAGACGCGACAAGCAGCCUUAGCUCAGCGCCGGCGUCUCCGCCAAGGAGCCGGAACUCGUCAUCACGACCACACUCGGGCUCCGACUCUGACCGCGGACAGCAAGCCAAAUCACCAAGACGCCCAUCGUCUCUGGCAUCAAAGGACCGACUGAGACCGCCCGAGAAACUCGUACCCCACAAGCGAAAAGCACCCAAAGUGGAAUCAGAUGACGAAACCGAAGCGCAAAACGCUCGUCGUCAACGGCUAGCAAGCGCUGGCGCGGGUGGCGACACAACCUCUCACUCGUCAAGCAGGGCCGCUGGAAAGGAUUCGUCUCGAAAUAGCAUUGGCAGCAACGGCAACGCGAAUGGAAAUGGUUCUGGCAGCAAAGCGUCGGCAUCGCGAAGCCUCAGGGACGCGUCACAAAACAGGUCUCUUUCUCCCCAACCACGUUCACACCGGCGAAGCCUCUCCACGCAACUGCAAUCCCAAUCCAGCGGGCUGGGUCUCAAGAAAAAGAGAGUGCCUGCUCCACUGCAGUCGACGGACUAUAACUCGGACGAUUCCUCUGCAAGUGGGAGCCCCCACAUGAGAAGCGCAAAGCUUCGCAGCCUCGCGACCCCCGCGACGGCGGACUCUGCGACCUCUCCAGCCAAAACCUCCACGCACAAGAAACAUCUUGAUGCCCAUGGACAAACUUUUCUCGCCAGGGCCUGUGCUCGCGGUGAGUUGGAGCUUGUCAAGCAACGAUUGGCAGAACGUCCCUAUGACCUGAACGUUGCCGAUUUCGCUGGAAACACACCUUUGCAGAUUGCCGCACUUAAUGGAUACGGCGAGAUUGUGAAGUUUUUGAUCGAUGCAGGCUGCAAUUUGGAUUGCGUCAACCACGACAAAGAUACGCCGCUUUUGGAUGCUGUUGACAAUGGCCACCUUGACGUCGUCAAGCUGUUACUUGAUGCCGGGGUCAAUCCUCGGAAAGCCAACGUCAAUGGAGAGGAGCCUCUUGACCGCGCUACUGAAGAUAUCGAUAACUGCGACGAAAUUCGUGCAGCUUUGAUUGAGGCCAAAAAGAAGAUAGGCGAACGACGAUUCACAUCUGAAGAACACCGCCACGAAACCGACGAUCUUCGCUCCCACAACUCCCACAACCCCGAUAGUCCUCAGAUGUCACCAGCACCAACGUCUCGUCGAGCAGGAACCGUUCGAGCAACAAAAACCAGCAAUCACCUGUUGUACAUGCCCAUGGACGACAAAACGCUUCGACAGGCUGCCGGCCGUGGUGACGAAGAAAAUGUCAUCCGUAUUUUACAAGUUCGCGAGACAUUUGAUGACCCUGAGUCAAUGGUUGCUGCAUCGAGAGGUGGACAUGAUAUUAUCCUCCAAAUGUUGCUCGCUCUUGGUAAAGCCAACCCUGACCCUGCGCCCAUAUCAUCUGCUCCGCCUGAGCAUGCGACCCCGAUUCUUGCUGCCAUCGGCCAGGAAAACAUUAAGAUUAUUAGCCUGCUGCUCGAGCAAAGCAGCUUCGACCCAACAAAACGUUUCAACGGCAACACAUACUACGAGAUCGCCAGGCAGAGGCAGGGACCGAACUGGAAAGAAGAAGAGGAUAUGCUCAAGAAGGCAUACGACAACUACAAGAAAUCCCAUGGCAACAAGACGAAAGACAAGGAUGUUGAAUCUCGGAGAACGUCCCGUGCCAUCGAGGCUUCAGACGACACACAAUCGGCACGCGCUCACAAGCGGAAACUUUCCAGCCCUUCUCAAGAGCGGCCUAAGAAAGCAGCGACUGGCACGAAGUCCAGCACGCCUACGACAAGCGGGGCGGCAUCAUCGACACGCGAAGAAAAAUCCUCACAAAAGCGUUUAUCCGAUCAUGCCAGUUCCCGCGGCGACAACAAAUCCUCAACUGCUACGACGGCAAAAUCGAGACAGCGCAGCGAUCGAAGCCCUAGUGCGAGCAACGCUAACCGUGACACGCCCCCUCCGUCCAAGCAGUCGACGAAAUCGAAGAAGCUAGACUUCGACAGCAUUGCGGUUUCGUCCGAGGGCGAGAUGAUCAAGCCUCGCAGGAAGAAGCUUAUUUCCGGCAGAGAACUCAAAGACGAAAAGGUGCGCGAAAAGGAACGGGAGCGUGAAAGUCAGCGUCGUGCUAGCUUCGCGUCGACAAAAGCUCCCACGCCACCAAAGGACUCGUCUAGUCCCCGCGAUCCUCGUGCUGAUGAUUCGGUUGCUGAUAAGGACAAGGCCCGAGCUGAGAAGCACCGUGACCGUGACCGUGACCGAGCGCGGCAACUCAAGAAGGAGGGCCUCAAAGAACCCGCGCUUGGCACGGUUGGUGAGGGCGCUGGAAAGCGAAACAGACUCAGCGAGACUCCGCCCAAUGCCAGCUUCUCAGAUAAGGACACCAACGAAGCUCCUAUUAAGAGAAGGAAGCUGGAAGUCGACAACGGGACGAGCAAGGAGAGACGGCCAUCCAAGGGAAGCGCCCCACCUGACGACACGUCCAAAGUGCCUCAAAAGCGGCGCGACGACGAUGACCGGAAGACACCUUCUGGCUCCAAGACAAAGAAGCGGGAUGCGUCCUCCGACGGCGGCCGACAGGACUCUGCAAGGCCAUCCGUGUCGCCUAUUGAAAAGAGUAUCCAUGUCAAGUCCGAGGAUGUCGACGUUGAGAUGGCUGAUGUAACAUCUGAGCGGCGGUCCUCGAGCGGCGCAUCCGCUGGGGCAACCGCCGGGGCAGAAGCGACGCGCCAGAAGGAAGAGGACAAGAAGAAGAAGGCUGAGGCAAAAGCACAGGCUUUGGCAGCUGAGGCAAAGACGAAAGAGGAAGAGGCACAGCGCCGCCGUCGCCAAGAAGAAGAAGAAGAGAUGAGACAGAAAGAAGAGAACCGAAAGAAGGAAGAGGAGAAACGCAAGCGCGAGGAAGCCGAAGAAGAGGCGAGGCUGAAAGAAGAAGCAGAGAAGAAGAAAAAGAAGGAGCUCGAGGACAAGAAGAAGAGAGAGGACGAAGAGAAGCAGAAGCAACGCAAGAAGCUCGAGGAGGAGGAACGCCGGCGCAAGGAGGAGGAAGAGAAGAAGAGACUAGAGGAAGAGGAGAAGGAGAAAAAGCGCCGCGAGGAGGAGGAAGAGCGGAAGCGCAAGUUCGAGGAAGAAGAGCGCAGGAAACGAGAGGAGGAAGAGGAGCGCCUACGCCAAGAACAACUCGAAAAGGAAGCUGCGGAAGAAGCCCGUCGGAAGCUCGAAGAAGAAGAGCGCCGAAAACGCGAGCGCCAAGAGCAAGAACGCAUCCUCGCCGAAAAGAAGGCUGCCGAAGAACUCCGCCGUCGCCAGCUCGAAGAGGAAGAGCGUGUUAGAGUCUCCAAACUUCCUCCUGCCCUGCAAUGGCUCAGCCUCUGCGCCAACCCGAAACUUCCCGCUACAGCGCAGUUCUUCAAAACCAUGCAAGGUGUCCGGUACGACUGUAUCAACACGGAUGCUACGGGUUCUGCUGAAGGUCGCGAACAAUGGCUGGUCAACACGCAAGUUGCCUUGAUCCUCGGCGAGAAGGACCUGACGCUGUCGCAGUUCUCAUUGUGGUCGCAUAUACCGGCAAGCAUGAUUGCGAAGCAAGUUAUUUGGCGUCUUGAGAGUGACCGCUACUCUUUGACAGACCCGGACCUGUACGACUUGGGAAGGCAACUUCCGGGCUACUACGACGGACGAGACCCGAAAGAGAUUGGGACACAAGCCAUGGAGAAACUCCGCCGCGAGGCGUGGGAGAAGUUUGCGGCCAUGGACAUGUUCUUUGUCAAGGUCUCCGAUGUCAUGAAAGUCGUCUCUGUUGUUCCUCAUCUUCGCGACGUCCGACUUGCAGUAGCGUACCGCGAGCUGCCAGAGAAGGAAUCGCAACUGCUGACAUUUGCGCCAACGUACAAAUGGAAGAGCGACCCCAAUGCAGACGAGAAUCUUGGAUUUGCGCCUGGAACGAAGUACUUUGUCAAUGGCAUACUUGUGGGCCAACAUCGUCCCGGAAGGGUCGUGACCUUCAACACGCCCCCUCCAGACGUGCGCGUUCCGCGACGCGGCCUUGUCGCCGUGCCCGUUGACGAUCCCGAAUUUGCGCCAAUGUGCAAGUCAAUGAAUAUCGAACCUAUGAUUUUCCCGGCCUAUGCGGCAUUUGUGGCGCGCCAGCACAACGGAGUACUCGCAUCAUCAAAAGGAACGCCCGGACGCAUGAACGGUACGGCCCACUUGAACGGAAAUAAUGGAUCGAGCUCUGCGCACGCAACUACUCCGCACGGUAACCGGCCGGCUCGGCACACUGUCAACGGCAUCAACGGCACAAGGGCGGAUGAACAUACAUAG